UCCGGUACCCGCUCUUGCAACACCACCCCCGCCACUCUCCCUUCCCCUCCUACCUCCUCGCUCCUCUCAGCUUUAAUUUUCUCCGAGUUUUCCGAACUCUGGCUCCUGACCGGGCCUACUGGGUUCGAGGUCCUGGAGGACCGUGCCCAAAUCUCUACCUACCUUCGACUUCCAGCUGCUCUAACCUGACUCCCCGGCUGCCAUUGCCCGGGCCACCUGGUCCGAUCGGCUCACUUCAUUCACCGGCGUUGCCAGUUGCUGCACAGUCCCCAGCCCCAAUGGGGGAGUGAGAGGCCACUGCCGGCCGGACAUGGGUCUCCCCACCGUGCCUGGCCUGCUGCUGUCACUGGUGCUCCUGGCUCUGGUGGGGAUAUACCCCUCAGGGGUCACUGGAUGGGUUCCUUCCCUUGGGGAGAGGGAGAAGAGGGAUAGUUUGUGUCCCCAGGGAAAGUACCCCCACUCUCGGAAUAAUUCCAUCUGUUGUACCAAGUGCCACAAAGGGACCCACUUGGUGAAUGACUGUCCAGGCCCAGGGCAGGAAACAGUCUGCAAGGAGUGUGAAAAGGGCACCUUUACCGAAUCCCAGAAUUACCUCAAACAGUGCCUCAGCUGCAAGAUAUGUCGGAAAGAAUUGUCCCAGGUGGAGCUAUCUCCUUGCAGAGCAGACAAGGACACUGAAUGUGGCUGUAGAAAAAACCAGUUCCAGAACCAAAUAAAUGGUCCCAAACACUUCCAGUGCCAGAACUGCAGCCUCUGCUUCAAUGGCACGGUGAAAAUCCCCUGUAAGGAGAAACAGGACACUGUGUGUCACUGCCAUGUAGGAUUCUACCUGGAUGAAAAAAAUGAGUGUGUCCCCUGCAGUCGCUGCAAGAAAGACUUGGAGUGUAUGAAAAUGUGCCAACCUGAACCUGUCGUACACCCUCGGGAACCAGGUACCGCAGUGCUGUUGCCCAUGGUCAUCCUCCUUGGCCUUUGUCUCUUAUUCUUCAUCUUCAUCAGUUUAAUGUGCAGAUAUCCCGGGUGGAAGCCCCAGGUCUACUCCCACAUUUGUGGGAAUUCAGCACCUGUCAAAGAGGCGGAGGUUGAAAGAAAUAAGCCCAUAACUCCAGCCCCUGCCCUCGCCUUAAACUCCGCUCCGCACUUCAGCUCUGCCCCAGGCUUCAGUCCUGUCCCCAGUACCCCCAACACCUCCAGCCCCAUCUUAUACCCCAGUAACUGGCCCAACUUCAAGGUCGUGCCACCUGUAAGGGAGGUGGUCCCAACCCAGCGUGCUGACCCUCUCCUCUACGAAUCCCUCACCUCCGUGCCAGUUCCCACUCCUAUUCAGAAAUGGGAAGACUAUCCCCACCCGCAGAGACCCGACCUUGCAGACCCAGCGACGUUGUAUACGGUGGUGGACUGCGUGUCUCCGUUUCGCUGGAAGGAAUUCAUGCGGCUCCUGGGGCUGGGCGAGCACGAGAUCCAGCGGCUGGAAAUGCAGUACGGGAGCUGCCUGCGCGAGGCUCAGUACAGCAUGCUGGAAGCCUGGCGGCAGCGCACACCACGCCACAAGGCCACGCUGGACGUCCUGUACAGCGUGCUUUGCGACAUGAACCUCAAAGGUUGCGCGGAGAACAUCCGCGAGGCGCUGGGAAGCCCCGCCUCCUAGUCGUCCGCACCCCACCUCCCACGAGGAGGCCACAGCCCCGCUUCAAGGGAGGAACUUAAAGGACAGUCCCGGCAAGGCGCGCUGCUGCCCUGUGGGCCUCCCCCUUGGAUGAAAAGGAGGGAGGGGCCUUGAAGGGGCAGGCUCGACCUGGCAACCGCUUCCUCGGUGCUACCUACUUGAUGUACAUAGCUUUUCUCAGCUACCGAAGAUUGUCCCAGAGCCAACCACUUGUUCGGAGCAGCAGUAUGUGCCAUCUGUCUGCUCCCAGCAGACGGAGCAUGCCAAAAGCCAGAACAGGUGAUUGUAGAGGAAAGGGACAACGUAUCUCAUGGCCACUUGAGAUGCACAGGGCCCAAGCAAGGCUUCUCAGGGCCUCCCCAUUUGGUUCCUGCGCCCUUUUCACAGUAGGUAAGCAAUAUUUGUAUCAAUAUCACACUAAUGGAAACUCGGCUUCCCUUUGCUCCCUGCCUGGACCAACAAGGCUCAACUGCCUAAGGUAGGGGGCGAGCACAGAACAACAGGGUCUCCAGCUGGAGCCGUGGUCUCUUGUAAAUACACUAAAAGUCUUUAAAAAAAAAAAACCGAUCUCUGACCCUGGAAAGAGUGGUUUGUAUAUUGGAGAGGCUGGGAAGAGCCCAGCACCUAGGAGUAGCAUGGAAAAUCCAGCCAUCCUGCCAGCUAACCCAGACUGCACAUCAUGAUCCCGUGGGUGCCCAUGCUUCCC